GGGCGUGGCCGUGGAUACAGAGGGCGUGGAAACUAUCAACAAAGACCCCCCCAAUCUAUAGGGCCAUGUCAUGGUUGUGGGCAAUAUGGACAUUUGUGGAGGAGGUGCCCAAGAACCGUCUGUUCGUACAAUAAUCAGGGUGUUGGAGGUAAUGCUGAAGGACAAGCAGUGCCAGCUCAGGGUCCAGUUAAUCCUAACCGGGGCCCUGAACAAAGUUUCUAGGGAUGCCUUACGGACCCGGUGGGGAGAUGUCAGCUGGUAGCAUCUGGAGAUGAUGAAGAACCGACAGUAGUGGUGAAACUUAACGGCGAACCAUUACAGAUGUUGGUUGAUAGUGGAGCGACUUUCACAUGCGUUCAUUCUAGAGAUGCUAUUCAUCUUCCCAUGUCUGGAAAAUUUGCAAGGACAAUCGGGUUUGAAGGUAAAAAACAGCUGAUUCCUUUCACAAAGCCAGUAGAUAUCUCCUGUGGGGGCCAAAGAGUCAAGAUGCCCAUUUUGGUCUCAGAUAAUACACCAACAGGACUUUUGGGAAGAGAUGCUUUGUGUGAGUUGAACUGUACCAUUCAAUGUACGCCUGACGGCUGUCAGGUGCAAUUCCCUAAGGAAAGUAAUUUUCAGCUACCAAUGCUGACGGAUAAUGCUGGUCCGUCUGUAUGUUGGAUUGGAG